GUAAGGCGUCAGCGAUCCCUGUUUUAAUUUUUAUUUUCUUUUUUAAAUGUAUUUUUCUAUUUUCCUCCUGGUGUUAAACUUGAAGAAGACACGUUUUUAGCCUAUGCUCUCCAGUGCUGAAGUGGUGCGUUUAAGGUGAUAGUGAGCUGAGGUGCUGAGAAUGAUGGAACAUCUCAGCGAGGCCUGUUUAGGCAAAGAAAACUCUGACCUGGUCAACAGUUUGGCCGAAGCCAAGGCCCCACCGGCCAAGCUGCCCCGGCUGGAGCAGAAUGGCAGCCCCCUUAGCCGAGUGAGGCUGGGCAGCACAGGAGCAAAACUUGCUGGAGUUCCGUACAAACCCACCAGCCACCUACUGAAGUCCUGCCACAAGAGAGGUAACAUGCUGCCAGUGUUCUGUGUGGUGGAGCACUACGAGAACCCCCUGGACUUUGACAGCAAGGAGGAGCAUGCUGAGUUUGUGCUGGUGCGUAAGGACAUGCUCUUCAACCAGCUGAUAGAAAUGGCCCUGCUGUCUCUGGGCUACUCUCACAGCUCAGCGGCCCAGGCCAAAGGCAUGAUUCAGGUGGGGAAGUGGAACCCUGUCCCCCUGUCGUACGUUACAGAUGCUCCAGACGCCACAGUGGCGGACAUGCUGCAGGACGUCUACCACGUGGUCACGCUCAAGAUCCAGCUGCACAGUUGUCCUAAGCUGGAGGACCUUCCACCCGAGCAGUGGAGCCACUCUACAGUAAGAAACGCCCUCAAGGAGUUACUCAAAGACAUGAAUCAGAGCUCUCUGGCUAAAGAAUGUCCCUUAUCACAGAGUAUGAUUUCCUCCAUUGUGAACAGCACUUACUAUGCAAAUGUGUCGGCGGCAAAGUGUCAGGAAUUCGGGCGCUGGUAUAAACAUUUCAAGAAGACAAAAGAUAUGAUGGGCAUGCGCCAAACAUCCCAGCUGGAGGGCUACCUUGGCACGUGUGUCCUGCGGGAGAGCCCACGCUCCAAUGCACUAGACAUCGACGGUCUCUCUGACCUGUCCCCACCCAAUUCCAAUCACAACCACAAUCAUCUGGGCUUCUCCCAGCAGCAGCAGCCCAUUCCCGGCAGCACGGCGGAGCAGACCCCCUCCUCACAAGUGCCGCCUCUGCCCCACGGUCCUCCCACGCACGGUGGUCAGGCAGGAAGUCGACAGCCGCAGCUCCCUGGCCUGCACCACCCCGGCCUGGUGUCUACGCCCAUCAGCCCACAGCUGGUCAACCAGCAGCUAGUGAUGGCUCAGAUUCUCAACCAGCAGUACGCAGUCAACCGGCUGCUGGCGCAGCAGUCGCUGUCGCAGCAGUAUCUUAACCAUCCGCCCGUCAGCCGCAACUCCCACAACAAACCCCUGGAACCGCAGGUGUCCUCCAACACAGAGGUGUCCUCCGAGAUCUACCAGUGGGUCAGAGACGAGCUGAAGAGAGCGGGAAUCUCUCAGGCGGUGUUUGCUCGCGUGGCUUUCAACAGAACCCAGGGCUUGUUGUCCGAGAUUCUGCGCAAAGAAGAAGAUCCCAAGACGGCAUCCCAGUCACUGUUGGUCAACCUGAGAGCCAUGCAGAACUUCCUGCAGCUGCCUGAAGCUGAGCGCGACCGCAUUUAUCAGGAGGAGCGGGAGCGAAGCCUGACGGCCGCCUCUGCCAUGGGCUCUGCUCCACUCAUUAGCACUCCACCCAGUCGUCCUGUGCAGCCCAGGAGGGAGGACUGUAACAGUGUCAGGCCCGAGGACUGGAAUCCCCGGAUCCCUGUGGGCAUUUCACCUGUGAAACCAUCGCCUCUGCCAAGCGAGUGGAACGGGAAGACGGAGAGCUGCAUCCUCAACAUCAACUCCACCAUCUACGAUGAGAUCCAGCAGGAGAUGAAAAGGGCCAAAGUCUCCCAGGCUCUGUUCGCUAAAGUGGCUGCUUCCAAGAGCCAGGGUUGGCUCUGUGAGCUGCUUCGCUGGAAGGAGGAUCCAUCUCCUGAGAACCGGACGCUGUGGGAGAACCUCUCCAUGAUUCGACGCUUCCUGAGUCUGUCGCAGGUGGAGCGUGACGCCAUCUAUGAGCAGGAGAGCAGCGCGGGUCAGCAGCAGCAUCACGCCGAGAGGCCGUCGCACCUGAUCCACGUUUCUACUGAGCAGUUACAGCCUCAGCCUCCUCAGUCCCAGCAGCAGCACCAGCCUUCCCUCACACUCCAACAUCCCUCACAGCCCCUUCUCUCCCAGCAGCCUUUGCAGCACCAGCAGCAUCAGCAGCCAACAGGGCCGCGGCUGCCUCCUCGCCAACCAUCCACGGCUUCACCGGCCGAGACCGAGGACGACGGAAGCAGAGCCGGAGGCAUCGGCGGCAUCAAGUCGCGCACCGGUGGAGGCAAGAUCUCCCUGGAGGCUCUGGGAAUCCUGCAGAGUUUCAUACAGGACGUGGGUUUGUAUCCAGACGAGGAGGCCAUCCACACGCUGUCCGCUCAGCUGGACCUGCCCAAGCUCACCAUCAUCAAGUUCUUCCAGAACCAGCGCUUUUACGUCAAUCAUCCGGCCAAGACAGCCAAGGAGCCCAACAACAACACCACCAACACCAACAACAACAACAGCAGCAGCAGCUUUAAUGCUGCAAACACCAACAGCAUCAGCAGCAGCAGCAGCAGCCCGGCCUUCGACGAGGAGCUGACAGACUUCAGGGAGAGCAGCCACGAGCUGCUGAAGGAGCUGGACGAAGGCACGCAGACCAACAACAUCUUCUCCAUCAAGAUGGAGGAGCAUCUGGAGAGGGGAGGUCUUGAAGUGCGGGUCGAAUCGGAACGUGAGGUCAAAGAGUAGGAACUCGGCCACCGAGGACCGUGCCCCAGCAGCCCCACACACUGAAUCACAGCCACUGAAAACCAACAAACAGUACAGUCGUGUUUAUUGUUCUGUUCUUCACCACAAAGAUACUGUACAUGAGAAAAACGUCAGACACAGACUGACAGAAAGUGAAUCAAAUUCACACACACUGGAUAAAGAAAAAAGUCCAUUUCAGACUGAAUAAGACUUUAAACUACUUUUUUGAUUUUUUUUUUUUUUGUACAAUCUGUAUACAUCACUGUAAAGACUGAUGCAUCACUGAAAUAAUCUGCACAAAAAGAAAUUAUUCUAAGUAUGUUCCCGUGGAUAUUUUGCUUACUGCACUUGAUGUCUGUUGUUUUACACUUGAGCUACUGACGAUAUUUAAAAAGGAACAAAAAAGAUUUCCCUUCGUCCACAUACGUCAGGGGUUUCCAAAGUUUCGCUCAGGGGCCAACGUUCAAAUAACUUUUCAUACAAUUCACUGUAUUUU